UGUUAUUUCAAAUAGAGGUGUCCCUCUCCUUUUUUGUCACCAAGGAACCCCACGUGGAGCAGUCAUGUUACAGUGCAGUAUUGUGGCCCUUUCUGUGUGGACUUGGAGAAGAAUGGGGGACAUGGUGUGUGGCAAAUAAGGCACCUAGGAAAGAUGGCACAGGCUCCUCAGGGGCAUGAGAAGCCCAGCUGGACUAGAGAAGAGCUGAGCUGCCUCCUGGUCGGAGAUGGAGCUGUGGGGAAGACAAGCAUGAUCAUCAGCUACAUCUUCAAUGGAUACAACAGCGAGUACAGGCAGACUGCUUUUGACGUGUUUACAGGAUUGGUUCAUGUGAAUGGAGUCCAAACACGGCUCAAACUUAUAGAUACAGCUGGACAGGAGGAGUUUGGGCAUCUUCGCUCCUUGUGCUACGCCCAUGUGGACGUCUUCAUCCUGUGCUUCAGCCUCGUCAAUCCUGUCUCUUUUGACAACGUCACGUCCAAGUGGAUCCCGCAGAUCCGUGCAGGGAACUCGACCUCUCCCAUUAUUCUGGUGGGGACCCAGUCUGACCUUCGCCACAAUGUGGACGUCCUCAUUCAUUUGAACCAACUCCGCGCUAAACCAGUGGGCCAAAGCGAGGUCAAGAGGUUGGCACGCCGCAUCCGAGCUCAUGACUACAUGGAGUGUUCAGCUCUGACCCAGCACCACCUCAAAGAUGUGUUUGACUGUGCCAUCUUUGCUGCCAUCAAGCAAAAACACAAUAGUGCAAAAAGCCAAAAGCUGAGUUUGAAACGCUGUUUUAAGACUUUUUGUGAAUGUGGAUGGAGGAAACUGUUCCAAUUAAUGUGAGGCGAUUGUUUUUCAUACAUUAUGUUUACCUUAAUUUCUCUUUCUGGUUUUCCUAAAACUCUGGUUUUGUUUGUUGUUAUCUGUGUUUGUGUGUGUGUUUGUGCCAAACUCUGUAAUAAAUGCACUACAGAGCAGAUUAUGUUCCAUCCAAAUUGUGCUUCCUGGCUUUAAUUUUACUUGUAAACAAUGUGGUGGAAGUUAGUGUCAGCGAAGAAAUUGGAGGGAAAACAGCAGCAAGGGUUUUUUGGAACAAAUGGUCACCUGCUGAUUCUUUGAAGUGCUAGUUUACAAGACAAAAGCCAUUUAAAGCCAUCCUCAGCUUGAAAGAUUAUGUCAGGACCCCAAUCACAUUUCACCCUUUGCAGGCUACUUACUCACUGAAAAUAUUGCAUUUUGUAACUUUUUCACAAUUUCUGUCAUUUAAUUAAUGGUAUAUCAGAUUUUUUUUUUUUUAUGUUAUUACAUAUU